AUGUCCCCUUCACCCCUCACAGCCUCUCCAGAAAUCCUAACCCUUCUAAAUGGCCUCCACACCAAAUCCCUAACCCAAGAAACAACCGUGGACUGGCCCACCCUCCCAGCACAAUGCACCGCCGAAUUUGACUCCAUCAUGCUGGACAAGUUCAUCGCCCUCGACCAAGAUAAAUGCGAACUAGUCUACCACAUCCUGCGCAGCAUCAACGCAAAAACAGUCGUCGAGGCCGGUACUAGCUUCGGCGUUAGCACUAUCUACCUAGCGCUUGCUGUUGCAGAGAACGCGAAGCGCGUUAGCGCUACCACUAAGCCGCUGGUCAUCGCUACGGAGAAGGAGGAGUCCAAGGCGAAGCUUGCCCGAGCGCAUUGGGCGAAAGCCGGCAGCGAAGUUGAGGAUGUGAUUGAUCUUCGUGUUGGGGAUCUGCGUGAGACUCUCACCUCUGAUUUGGGGACUGUGGACUUUUUGCUGUUGGAUAUCUGGACGCCUCUCGCCCUCCCCGCGCUGAAACUCGUCCAGCCGCAUUUCCGGCCUGGCGCGGUCAUCAUCGCUGAUAAUACCGUUAUGGUGGGUGAUAAGUAUCAGGAGCUCUUUGCGUAUGUCGAUGCUGAGGGUAGUGGGUUCCGACGGGUGACGAUGCCGUACAAGGGUGGUUUGGAUAUGAUUGUCUAUCAGUAG